AUGCCAUGGGACUCCUCAGAAGAGCAGAUGAAUGCACCCCGUGAAAUGCGCAUCCAUAUUCAGCGUGUGAUCCCCAUCCCCAAUAUUCCACCGCCGUCAGCAAACAUGGGCCCCUUCGCACCACCACCAGUGCCACAGAAUCAGGAACAACAAGAGCGUAUGUACCCAGAGGAACAAAUGGGUGCGCCCCGCGGCAUGCGCGUUAUCGCAGUCCCUGCCCCACAGAACAUGGCCCCACCACCAGAGUCCAUGGGACACUUCGCCCCACCCCCACAGGCCCAGCAACAAGAUCAAGACGAGCAGCCAGCUGUUCUUCAUCAAUUUGUCCCACAAACUGCACCUACACAAGAAUUAGAACAACCUGAGGUACAGAAAAUGCAAAUGGAAGGCAGCCCGGUACAAAUGAAUCUCCCGUACGACCUCACACAGGACGACCUGAGAUUGAUCCAUCGCACGGCGCAGGACGUUAUUGAUAAUCAACGUAGGGAACAACAAAUCGACAAUGAUAUGCAAGAGGUAAAGACAAUAAUGAACACUCUGGCGGCCGCUGCUCAAGCCGAUGCUGAAGAGUCUCAUAAUGAAGAGCAGCAGUCAGAAGACCAGUACCAACCUCAGGAAGCGCCUGCGCAGCCCCCGCGCGCACCACGCACGUUGCUUCUGCCACAGGACAUGGAUGGCAGGCCGCAUUAUAUGCAGCCCCGCUCUGUCCGCAGCGUAGACGCUUUGGUGCCCCGCGAGAAACGCGUAAAACGCUGCGCGUGCAGCUGCGGUUAA